GGACCUGAUUUCGUUUACGUGAAAUCGCCCUUUAUUAUUUCGAAAUCGUUUUAUCCGAUUUUUCUGCUGGUCACAAGUCAUCCUAGACCAAGUUGAAACGUCGACUAAAUGAUGCUCGAAUGGUCGAGCCACUUUAAAGUUUCCCAUCCCUCUUAUUGCCCUUAGUCUCUCUUUACUUUCAUAUUGUCUACUAUUUCCUGCCAACUCUCUAUGAAUUUUGGUAAGUCACAUAUCUUCCAAUUCACAGCUGCCUUAAGUACAUGAUUUGCGCUUUCCGAAUUGUUACUUGUUACAGAAAAAUGAAAUACGCAGUAUUUGGCGAUAGUUAUAUUUCCAGAUUAGAAAGAUAUACUCAUGGCAAACUAGAAAUCAACAGACAAUGCAAGUUCUUUGGUGUUCCUGGCAUGUCUACCACAAAGAAAUUCCAAGAUGCUUUUGAACAAUUACUAGCAUAUCGUCCAAGAUAUGUGUUCCUGAACUUGGGAGGAAAUUCAUUUAUCGCCGACUGUAAUCCACAUACUGUGUAUUUAGAGAUAAUUGACAUUGUAGACAAAAUGUACAAAGCUGGUGUGCAGCGUGUAUUUGUUGCUAGCAUUAUAGAGCGGGGAAAAUUCCCGCACUGGACUGGACUCAAUCGGUCCAUUUUCAACAAGAUGAGAAAUUCGGUCAACUCGAAAUUGAAAAAAUACUACAGAGAAGAUUUCAUUCAGAUAGGGAAAAGACUAAAAUUCGAUAGACAUUACGACGACGAUAAAGUGUAUCCAGGUUUACAACAAGGUGGACUGAAAUUAUUUAAGUACUGUGUGCUGAAUGCAUUAAAAAAAACGUUGUGA